AUACAGAAAUGUAAAUUAAAUUUCAAUUAUAUUAACCUACAAUAUUCGUUUUAUUAUAAAGUGGAGGCCCAUUCUGCAUGGAUGUUAAUGUCAUUAAUAUAAUUAACAGGCUUAUUUAUUAUAGGUAGAAAGAUAGCUAGCAGAACUAUAAUUAUAGAUAGCAGGCUAUAACUCAUGAUCUUUCAUUUCAUUGUUUCCAAUCAACAAGAUGCUUUCUACACUGCUUAGUGCUUGUAGGUUCAACUCUAAAGCAUGGGAACUUUGUUUGCCCCCGAUCCCAGUUCUCUAGAUAAACCUUUCAAAGCUUCAAAAAUAAGCUUUGUCUCACCAUACCAUAUUGAACCAAACCUUGUUUACAAAAUGUUUAUAAAUCUCGUGAUUGAUAUUACUAUUCAUAACAUUAUCCACAAAAUCGCAGUCUUGACCCAUCCAAUGUCGUGUGUGAUCAACGCAUAGGGGGGCUGAAUCGGAUCCCACCUAGGGAUCAAGGUCAGAGGUCGACAUCCUAGACGUACGGCUUUGUGGGACAUGUGAAGUUCAGCGGUGCGGUGUUCCUGUGAGCUGUGUUUGGGUUACGAGUGGAGCCUUUGGGCUUCCUAGAUCAAGGUGGAGAAUGGUGAGAUCAAUGUUGUUAUGGCCCGUUUUUGGACAUGGAUCCUGGUCUCGGUGGGUUUGCCCUGAGUCAGUUCUUCUUUAAAGCUGCGCCAAUUAGCAUAGUAGCUACAAGGUACUCAACACAGUUCAAUGUAACACCUAUACUGUAUGGGGUGUCAUGCAGAUUAUAUGUUUGUGUGUGUGUGUUCGUGUAUGUGUGUGUGUGUGUGUGUGUGUGUGUGUGUGUGUGUGUGUGUGUGUGUGUGUGUGUGUGUGUGUGUUGGCUUGUGUGUGGAUGUGUGUGGGUGUGGGUGUGUGUGAGAGUGUGUGUGUGUGUGUGUGUGUGUGUGUGUGUGUGUGUGUGUGUGUGUGUGUGUGUGUGUGUGUGUGUGUGUGUGUGUGUGUGUGUGUGUGUGUGUUUGAGUGUGUGUGUUGGUGUUUGAGUUUGCGUGUGUGUUGGUCUGUUGGUGUGUGUGUGUGUGUGUCAUGGUGUGUCAUGGUGUGUGUUGGUGUGUGAGUGUGUGUGUGGGUGUGGGUAUGUGUGUGUGUGUGUGUGUGUGUGUGGGUGUGGGUAUGUGUCUGUGUGUUUGUGUGUGUGUGUGUGUGUGUGUGUGUGUGUGUGUGUGUGUGUGUGUGUGUGUGUGUGUGUGUGUGUGUGUGUGUGUGUGUGUGUGUGUGUGUGUGUGUGUAUUGUAUGCAGUCCCAAGACUUUCAGUUCCAUGUCCCUCAGGAGUCAUGCAAUAUGUUCCUACAAACCCACCCACCCUGUCUAAUCCCUCGUGUUCUCGUUGGCUCGAGAGUAAAGCGGUCGCAGCACAAGCCGGGCACUAUAAAGGAAGGCGUGCACAGCACCAACCACCAAAGCAUGGACUGAGUCUGCCAGUCAUCUUCUCAGCAAGGUCUUCAUCACCACACACGUAAACCCGAAGGCAUGGCACGUCUUCAGCCGGCGUUCCUCUGGUCCGCCGCCCUGCUGGUGCUGCUGGCCCUGCAGGCCGCCGGCGCCAGGACCACGGCCCGCUCGCCCAAACCUCAGAACACCAAGAAGCCCCCCCGGGCGGGCUCCGGCACCGGAGGAGGAGGAGGGAGGGUCCGGAGGACCACCACCGUUCCCCCGAUGUCCUCCAGCAGCAUGGCGACCGACGAGACCACAGAGUCCAUGACGGACACCUACUCCCUGUCUCCCACCGACAGCACCACCUUCUCCGAAGACGCCUACCCCACGGAUUUCAUUCUGGACGCGGUGGUGCCCCCGGGGGUCCGCCCCGAUAACUUCACCAUAGACCUCAGCCAGUGCUUCUACAACGUCUGUGAAUGCUGCCCCCCCAACAAGAAAUCCCUCGGACCGCCAGGUGAUAUACGUCACGUAGGAGAGCGUUUACCAGGGCGGGGGACAUCAAACGAGGGCCGAGACGUCCUUUCGGGUAGAAUUGGAAAAAUCUCCUCUGUCUUCCCACCAGGUGAGCCGGGGAUGCCCGGGGCUAAUGGACUUAACGGAGACCCAGGUCUAGCUGGUCUACCCGGGCCUAUCGGACCUCCCGGGGUCCCGGGAUUGAUGGGAAAACAGGGUGAUAAAGGUGACCCGGGUCUCAGAGGAGAGAAAGCGGAGCCCGGUUUGAGGGGCGAGCCGGGUCUCAAAGGAGAGGCUGGACCCAAGGGCAGUCCGGGGAUCGACGGCCCCGCCGGCCCCCCAGGGGUCGCAGGGUUGAAGGGUCUGAAAGGGGACAAGGGCGAGUGCCCUCUGCCCCCAGCCGGACCCCCUGGCGAGAGGGGUGAGCCGGGUCUGAACGGCACCGACGGCCUACCAGGGAAGAAGGGAGAGCCCGGAGCCAAGGGAGACCGAGGGAACCUAGGUCCCCCCGGGGGGAGAGGCAUGCCGGGGCCCAAGGGAGACCGCGGCAACAAGGGCGCGCGCGGCGUUCGAGGCCCUAAAGGGGCCCCUGGAGAAGACGCGCCCAUGAUCCGCUCGGCCUUCAGCGUGGGCCUGUACCCCAGCAAGUCCUUCCCCCCGCCGGGCCUGCCCGUCAAGUUCGACAAGGUGUUCUACAACGAGGAGGGUCACUGGGACCCGUCCGCCAGCAAGUUCAACGCCACCCACCCGGGCCUGUACGUGUUCGCCUACCACCUCACUGUGCGGAACCGGCCCCUCAGGGCCGCCCUGGUGGUCAACGGCGUGCGGAAGGUGCGGACGCGCGACUCCCUGUAUGGCCAGGACAUCGACCAGGCCUCCAACCUGGUGCUGCUGCAGCUGGUCCCCGGCGACCAGGUGUGGCUGGAGACGCUGAGGGACUGGAACGGGGUGUACUCCAGCAGCGAGGACGACAGCACCUUCUCCGGCUUCCUGCUCUACCCGGGCGCCGCACUCCUCUGACCGGGGGAUCUCCGCCCGACCGCCCGGCCUGCGACCCACCGUCUGAACUCUGCCUUCCACCCUGCUUUAGAAGAGGGGCUCCCUCUUUAGCCCGUUUUGCACCACUCGGUUCAGUCUUAAUCAAUGCUAUAUGCUGUCAAACGCCACUGCUAGUCAUGUGCCAGCUCGCUGCUUUCACGGCUCAUCUUAAUCAAUGCUUCGCCUGCCCUUAACAUGGGUGAGUUUAACACCCUGUACGCAACAACUGUUGCUAACAAUGUAUUCUGUAUUCUAACAAUGCAAUAAAAUUGGGUACUCUUCAC